AUGGACAGAAAAUCUACAAAUCUUGUGAUUUUAUGGUCUGUUUAUGCGGACAAAGCAAACCAGAUAAACGUUUUCAUGCAAGAAACUUUGGGCUUUGAACCACAGUAAUCAAAUCAACGAGCCGAUUUAAUUCGUGAUAAAUUUGGUUUACAUAAAGUGAUUGUAGCUGUUACAUCGUCAGGGAAGCUGUACGGAGUAGAGUCAACGAAAGGUGAAAUAAUUUGGCAAUCACGAGUCAAUAACAUCAAAGGCUUAUCUCAGGAUUUUAACAAGAUAGUUUUGUAUGUUCAACGUGGAAGUAGGCACUUGCCGCAUUCACCUCGGUGCGCAUUGCUUACAACAGGUAACACCACUGGAAAUGGAAUGAUAUACACUUUCAACCCAAUAAACGGACAGCUACUGGAUAGACUGACAAAGUUAAAUUACCAAAUCAAGCAGUCAAUUUUGUUACAUGCAUUAAUCGAUAUUUUUUUACGUGGUAUAGUUAUUUUGGAUGAGCACGACCGAGCGCACGUCUUUCCAGAAAGUGCAAGCGCUGUUGCAACUUCUGCUGGACGUACUACUUACAUCUUCACUGCCGACAGAAAGACUGGUGUAUUAUCCGGAUACUCGCUUACUUAUAGCAACUCGCAGAAUCUAAUCGCUCGCAAGGUAUGGAAAUUAGUUUUCUCGCCAAAGACACAACGGAUAACACAUGUCGUCUCAAAAAGUUUAAUUGAACGUGUUUACUCUCAGGGUCAAGUGUCGAGUGAUCAGUCAAUUUUAUACAAAUAUAUCAAUCCAAAUCUGGUUGCUAUCGUGACUCAAGGAACAGGUGAUGCUUAUAAAAAUACUCUCAAUUUGUAUCUUUUUCAUGACGUACCGGGAUCAAUGAUUUUCUCCAUCGUACACAAGAGAACCAAGGGACCAGUACAUAUUGUUCAUUCCGAAAACUGGGUCGUUUAUAGUUACUUUAACGAUAAAAGUCAAAAGAACGGAAAUAGCUACAUAAAGAAGCUACGGAAAGAAUUGUACGAGGGAAAAACUCAAAGCAAUACUACAAUUUUCUCAUUAUUAACUAACACAAAGUUACCUAUUGUGGAGAGGCAAGCUUUUAUAUUACAUUUGUCAAUUGAUUCAAUACAAGAAACGAUUACAGAGAAAGGAACUAGCAAACACAUCCUAGUUGCAUUAACAAAUGGCGGAGUGUUGAAAUUGCCCUAGAUAUUUGUAGACCCAAGAAGGCCAGUAAAUCCUGAAAUAAGGGAAGAAGGAGCCCGAAUUGCCGAUACGUAUUGUAAAUAUGACGGUAUUGUAAAUUACAAUCAGAGUGUUUCUAGGGUAUCUGGAAUUCAUACUACUCCUAGUGGUCUUGAAAGCACAUGUUUAGCACAUGUAUACAUAAUGGAAAAAAUAGUUUUAGUUUAUGAGUGGUAUGGAAACAUUGUUUAUUAAUAAUAUGAAUCAAAAAACCAUUUUAUUCACUUAUUUGCUUACAUCUUUGUUUCUAAUUGUCGUAUCGAGGUAAGACUUACAAUAUGAGAUUUCUGUUAACA